UUGGCGGGUGCGGUGGCCAAGGGCUGGGACAACCCAGCUCCCCAUCUAUUUAAAGGCAAGGGUGGGGUUCCUGCAGUUACUUGCCUGGGACCGGUGCACCUUGGUGGAGAGGAGCAUUUGCCUGCUGAGCAGCACCAUGUCUUGCGGACCAGUAUGCACCAACCUGGGUCUGAAGCCUGGCCAGCGCCUCACUGUCAAGGGGAAGAUUGCACCAAGUGCCAAGAGCUUUGUAAUGAAUCUGGGGAAGGAUGCUUCCCAGCUUGGGCUUCACUUCAACCCCCGUUUUGAUGCUCAUGGUGAUGUGAACACCAUCGUGUGCAACUCAAAGAAGGCAGAAGAGUGGGGUGCAGAGCAUAGGGAGACUGUCUUCCCUUUCCAGAAGGGGGGUACAGCAGAGAUCACUUUUGCUGUCAACCAAAGUGAUGUCACGGUCCACCUGCCAGGCCACCAGUUCACAUUCCCUAACCGGCUUGGUCUCUCUGUCUUUGACUACUUUGAUGCACAAGGGGACUUCACACUCCAGUCCAUCAGCUGGGAAUAACUUCCUCUGACAGAUCCAUCUCAAAGAUACAGAAAAAGCAAUCAAUAAAUAAGUUUUGGUCUA